AUGGCCAAACUUUUACUACAAACAGUCGAGAGAACCGAAUUCAUAGAACUUCUACAUGGAUUUAAGGACGAUCCAAAUGUAGAAGAAAUGAGCCAAUUUUUUUUAGAAUCUUAUUUAAAUACUCCAGAUAAGUCGCGUAAUGAAACGCCUUUACAUUUCGCAUCAAAAUUUGGAGCUGCUGAUGUCGUUGAAGUACUUAUAACAUAUCCAUUGUGUAAAAUGAAACCAAAUGUCCAAGGAAAAGAACCAAAAGAUAUUAUUUGUGAACGUGAUCCAAAUGCAAAGCCUGAAGUUAAAGAAGCAAUAAAAAAGCUUUUAAAGGAAAGAUCUUUUUGUGCCUGUACUGCGAUCAGUUGA